AUGCCACAAAAAUACCCUCGUAAGCGAAUAUCAGUCGCAUGCCAUUACUGUCGACAUCGAAAGCGCCGGUGCGAUGGGGAGAAGCCACAGUGUGCGUUGUGUAGGGAGUCCAAUAUUGCCUGCGAAUAUCCAAAACAAGUGAUGGAAGAAGCCUUACCAAGGCGAGAAGCAGUUUCGCAAAAUCAAAAGAUCCUUCUUCGUCGUUUAGAUCGACUAGAGAGCCUUUUGCGUGAAGAAUCACAGCAGCCAGCACACACCAGAAAUGCCAGUGAGAACGAUGAUCAGUCUGAGGAGCCAAAUUGUGAAGUCCGAUACGAUGAUGCGGAGGAUGAAGCGUCUGAUGUCGGGAUAGAGGAUCUGAAUUAUGCGGAGCAUCAAAACGUCUCAAAUGAUUUGGAUAAUGGGUUUCAUCAGAUGAGUGAAACUCAUCAAUCGCUGUUUCUGUACCCACCGAAUCUGAAUUCACUUUCAGCGGCCAUUACGCCCGAUAGCACUUUAUGGCAUGCAACUAGCCCGGUCUCAGCGAACCUGUCCUCCAAUACAGUUGAGAUCGAGAAAAAUGCUUUGGAGAAUAAUUCAGAAAUCCCUGAAAUGAAUGAUCAGCUUUUAAGCAUCUCAGAUGGUCAUCUUACAAUAGCUGGUAGUCUAUUUCUUCUUGAGCCUAUUCGUCGACUGAUCGGGGAGUACCCUGCAAACUUCUUCUAUCAUAUUGAGUCUAUACGAACACCUCCAUUUGAGAACUAUAACAAUUCGCCAAAAGAAACGUUACAAAACCUGAAUCUCAAGGCUAAUACAGUUAAUUUACUUUUAUCAACCUUCUUUACUGAAGUCCACAUUCAUUUUCCGAUUUUGAACUCCGAAACAUUUCGCAUAUCUUUCUACGAUGUUAUGAAACAAGGUCCUUGUGAAUCUCUGGAAAUGGCUCUUUGUUUGACUGUUCUCGCGCUUAGAAAGCUGGCACUGAGCAUUCAACAAGACGGGUCUAUUCAUGACAAUAAAUCAGAAAAUGGCCUUGAAUAUUUCGUCCCAGCUCAUCAAAUCUUGUUAGCCAGCUCAUGGGCAUGUUUUGAUCUUGACACCACAAUACCUACUGGUCUUCUGUCGUCUAUCUACCUCUCAUACAUGAGCUAUCCCCUAACCUCCUGGCAUCUGGCAUAUACUGCUUCAAUUAAACUUCAGUUGAUGAUUUCUCAGUAA